UCUAUAUUACGACCUUUCCAUUUCGUCCUCGAAGGACGCUGCUCUCUCUCUCACUCUCUCUCUCGCUCAAAAAGCUCACUCAACACUCUUUUAACACAGUCCUAUUCAAAACCCAUUUCUCUUUCUCUAUGAAGAAACCUCACAUCGCCAUUAACGACUCUGUUCCCUUACCUUUUCACAUUCUCUAAACCCAUUAAUUAGUCACUAGAAGGAAAAACCUUAACUCCAUUUUCAUAAUAUUUUUUUCUUUAUUUUUCCAUUUUCAUAUACCAAGAAAUGGAAAAAAAGCAAAGCUUCUUUGCUGCUCUCAAAGAAGAAGUCGUUCGCGGCCUUUCCCCUUCUCGUUCUCGCUCCAACAGCCCUGCCCGAACCGCUUCGCCAAUAUCGGUUCUGCUACGGCGAAAGAAAAACAGUAGCAACAGUCAUUGUAAUCCCUACGCCGCGCAACCGGAGCUUUUGUCUAUGAGAUCGGGGAGCUUGAGGCCGGCGGUCGGUGAGACUUUAACGCCGUUGAUCGAGGGUCCGGAUCCUGAUGGAGGAGGAGAAGGAGAAUCGAAGCGGGUCGGGUCGGGUCUUGGCAACUGGAUGAAAGGUCAGUUAACGAGGACUCCAUCGGUUUCUAGUUUGGCUUAUAGAAGGUCUGAUCUAAGGUUGCUUCUUGGAGUGAUGGGUGCACCGUUAGCUCCUUUGCACGUUAGCACCAUGGACCCUUUGCCUCAUCUCAGUAUCAAAGACACUCCCAUUGAAACUUCCUCUGCUCAGUACAUAUUGCAGCAAUACACAGCAGCCUCUGGUGGGCAGAAGCUGCAGAACUCUAUUAGAAAUGCAUAUGCAAUGGGAAAGGUCAAAAUGAUAGCUUCGGAAUUCGAAACACCCACGAGAGUAGUGAAGAACCGGAAUGGUUCUAGGAGUGCUGAAUCAGGUGGCUUUGUGCUUUGGCAGAUGAAUCCUGACAUGUGGUAUGUUGAGCUUGCUGUUGGGGGUAGUAAGGUUCAUGCCGGCUGCAAUGGCAAGCUUGUUUGGAGGCACACACCAUGGCUUGGUGCCCACACAGCAAAAGGGCCAGUUAGACCCUUGCGACGUGCCCUUCAGGGUCUUGAUCCAAGAACCACAGCUAGUAUGUUUGCUGAUGCAAGGUGCAUAGGGGAGAAGAAUAUCAAUGGUGAGGAUUGCUUUAUACUAAAGCUAUGUGCUGAUCCUCAAACGCUUCAGGCUAGGAGUGAAGGCCCGGCAGAGAUCAUAAGGCAUGUUCUGUUUGGCUACUUCAGCCAAAAGACUGGUCUUCUUGUUCAUAUGGAGGAUUCACAUCUGACCCGCAUACAAUCUAAUGGUGGUGAUGCAGUUUACUGGGAAACUACAAUCAAUUCAUUCCUUGAGGAUUACAGACCUGUUGAAGGGAUAAUGAUCGCUCACUCAGGUCGGUCUGUGGUGACCCUUUACAGGUUUGGUGAGGUAGCAAUGAGCCAUACCAAGACAAAGAUGGAGGAAGCUUGGAAUAUUGAAGAGGUUGCUUUCAAUGUUCCAGGCCUUUCAUUAGACUGUUUUAUACCCCCGGCAGACUUAAGAUCGGCGUCCAUGAGCGAAGCUUGUGAUCUCCCUCAAGAUGAAAGAGGAAAAAGUGCAAUUGCCCUUGCAGCUCAUCGGGCAAAAGUUGCAGCACUAGAAAAACAACAUGAUAGCAGCGCGAAUAACAUGAUAUGGAAGAUGGAGGUCUAACAAAUGGUAGGAUUAAAUUAGGGGAACUGUUUAUAGCAUUAGCUAGUUUUAAUUUGGCUAACCCAUUAGAAAUUGCUAAGUAGCACUUGAAGUCAUUUUUUUGGACUUUGAGAUAUGCCUCUGUUAAUCUCUGUAAAUAGAGCAUGAUCAUUCACAGGUUUAAACUAGGCCUGAAUGAAUCUUUAUACUCUCAAUACAGAAUCCAACUAGGGAGUUGGAGCUCAGUUUUCCGGUUAGGGAUGAGCAAAUGGAGGUCAAUUUUUAGUUUACCUUCCAUGCCUUGAGGAAGGUGGUGAAGCUCUAACACAGCAGAACCAUUAACCUUUUUAUAGUACUAAUGCUUUUGUGUCAAUGCAUAUAGCAACAGCGGCAGAAAGGGAAGCUGCUAAUUUUAACAUGAGUUUAUCGCUGAUGUCUAGUUUGUUCAAUUUUCUGUUUGUGGGUUCCUUACUCUUUUGUGUGAUUUCUUACUUGAUGUAAAAGUUGUUUUUGGGUUUUGAAGAAAAUGGAAAUUUUCUGAAUCUGAUGAAAAAAUACAGGUUAACAAUAUGGGUUAGUUUUUUAGCUGCAAUUACAAAAUUAUGCAGGCUUGAUGAUAUGUAUCUGAUUGUUGUGGCAUUUGAUCAUUGCUGCUGGUGGAAAAAGGAUGUAAACAGGAUAAUUUGUUGAUCAAAUAUUGAAAACUUAUGAAUAUAGAUAUCAGAAAUCUUUCCUCA